UACAGUGCGUGCUCACGCCCAAGAACUACGUACAUGUAGCAGUACAGUGUUGGCUGUUCACGUACAUCUAUUUGUGAAAAGGCUGAAGGCAUGUCGUGGGAUGACGUUGAAGCGGGCAUUGGGGGAGAUGAGACAGCUAAUUUUGGCCCCCGCCAGGAGUCAGGGUCCUCCCUCUUUCAGGUGGACACUCUGGCUACCAUCUCACCGAGGGGAGAGGUAGAGUGUAACCCUCAUGUCUAUGCGGCAUGCGCCCCGGAAGGAUUCUGUGUGGUGGCCGGGAGUCAGGUUUCACUUUUUGAUGAAGCCUGCCAGAAAUUCAUCAGCACACUAAGCUUUGAAUCUGAUGUUGAUGUUGUCACGUGGAGCAAAGACUCGCUCUUCCUAGUGGUUGCUGAAUGCAGUGGUUCCAUUCACUUUGUGGAUGUUGAGCUCAAGCAAGUCCUGUUUUCGCAGGUGUUGAAAUCUGGAAGUGAAACAGUUGACAAGAAGUGUUUCUUACAGAUGAUGUUCUCACCAGGCAAAGAUGCAGCUGUCCAUGAUCUUCUCAUUCUCCGGGCGGACGGACAACUUUUCAGAUUCUCCAACAUCAACUUGGAAAAACUCAAUGAAGCCAUCGAGGCAAGAGAUCUGCAGCUGGCCAAAGAGUUACAGGCAAGUAUCUGCAUGGAAAGUCUAGACACAGGCUUGGCCCAUUCUGGUUCUGUCAGCUUCUUCACCACAGCGACCUCCAUGGGGAAAACAAUCAUCAUCACUUGUGGCUAUGGAGAGGCAGUUGUUGGCCUGUGGUCCCGACGAAACAAGGCUGUAGACCUCAUCCAGCAGAUUGGCAGUGACUUCUUUGAUGGUGGAGGCGUGGAAAAGUGUCGUGUCAGCGGAAAUGGCAAAUAUCUGUUUCUGCUUGAUGACAGUCAUACGCUCAGUGCUUGGGACUUGCGUUCGCUCCUGAUGAUCUCCUUCUGGCCGGACUUGGCAGUGCAAGACUUUCUGUUGAUGAAUUUCAACUCUGUCAACACCGGUGAAAAGGGCAGUAACACGAACGCAGAGCAGGCCCAGCUGCAGCUGGUCCUCCUGACCAGGCCAGAACCAGACUGUUAUCUAAAAGUCUUCACUCUGCCUGGCCUGCAGUGCACCUACACGCUGACAGUGAGUGGCUACACAACGCUAGCUGAGGUGCUGCCCAAUCAGGAGACCAUCUUCCUCAUAGAAGGGGCGUAUGACAGUGAUGAGGAUCACCAAGUGCCCACAGAUCUGAUCUCCACCCUGCGCGUCCGCUGCUUGACCGAGGCGCUGCCAGAGACCCGCUUCCACCGUCUACUCCACAAGCAGAAGUUUGAGGAGGCGCUGCAGUUUGCCCGGCUCUUUAAACUGGAUGAGGAGCUUGUCUUCAAAGUCAAAGCCAGUGUCCUCCUGGAGAUGGCGUCCCCAUGGAACCAGUCUCUGCGGCUGGAUCCGGAUGAGGGCUCCGCACUGAGCAGCCAGCUGAUGGAGUGUCUGGACCACAUCCCAGACGAGGCCUUCAUGGUGGAGAAGUGCACUCAGGCCACCCUGCCCACCUACGAGUCCAUGUUCCAGCUCAUUGGCUAUGCUCAUGCUAGGUUGUCCAAGAAGUUGGUAACAGGACUACCAGUUGAAAACAACCAGCUGCCUUCCUCCUCACUUAUGACCAGGGUAUUGGAGGUACUUCACCGACUUGCAACAUUCCAAAUGGUAUUUGGUUAUCAGCAAUUCAGUGCUAAUCAAUGGGAUCGCUUUCUGCAUGCUGACCUUCUAGAAGAAUUGCUGCACUGGCUGUCGAUGGCCCACAUUGCCAAAGCAGUUAUCAUCUGGCAAAGACACAAGGCUGUCAUCGAGAGUAGCCUGCUGUCUGGUGGCAUUGAGACCCUGGAAUCCAUUCUCAGCUCCAUCCCCGAGAGUACUCCAUCCACCCAGAUCACUCCCUGGCUCCGAGAGGAUCUCAUUCCGUUUGUCAUUCAUCGGUUCCCUCAAGGCAAGAAAUUUCUAGCCUGCUGGAUGGAAGAAAGGGCAAGGAAUAUGGAAAUAUCAGAAAAGGCACUGUGGCCGAGCAAUUCCUUGGAAUUUGCUGAGCUCUUCUUCACUGCCAGCAAGCACAGGUCAUCUUCGGCCAGCAACCGGCACUUGGCAACCCCUGCCCAAUUUGCCACAGAGGUGUGCAACCUGUCUGCUGGGAAUUCUAGGAAGCUUACCAAUGAGGACCAUGUUGAGAAAGAGGUUGUGGUGGUUCAAUCUGGCCAGGUGAUAAACACAGAAAACGACUGCACAGAGGCUGUAUGCAGACUGCAGGAGCUGAUCAAGAACUUGAAGGAGUUACUGCGGCUUCAUAGUAGAUAUCAGUGCAAGCUGUCUCUGGCCGAAUAUACACAAGAAACCGCCAGCACACUGGUGUUCCGCAUGUUAGAUCGUGUGGCAGCCCCAGAACUCAUCCAAAGCACCAUUGAAAAGUUGAUCCGACCCUACGUACAGGAACACAACCUGAACGAGGACAAGCUGCUUCUGCAAUACAUACAGGACUUGUUGAGUUGCUACGCCCAGGGUCGGAGAGCCACCUAUGUUUAUGAGGCAUUUUGGGAAGCCAAAGCCAUAGCCAUUAUCCACUGCAUCAAGGAUGUUGAGUGUAAGUGCCUUGGAAUUUACUCUCUGAUGCUGAGUGCCUCCAUGCCAUGGAAUGACAAGAUGGAGCAACUAGUCCGCCAGGGGUUGUCCCUUAAACACCCAAAAGUGGAAGAAUUACGUGGCAAGUACAAACUGGUGCAGCUGAAGAAGAUGCUGGCAAACUACGACCUGCGGCAUGAUGAUGUACGCAAGGAUAACGCUGCGAUGGUGAUAAAAUACAUCCUUGCUAGUGACAAGGCGGACUGUCUUGAGGAUGCACUGCAGGUAACCAAGGCCUACAAUCACUUGUCCCCCACCGAUGUUUACAUCUUCAGACUGAAAUCACUAAUUCAGCAUGACAGAAUUCAAGAUGGAAUUGAGUUGUUGUCAUCACUGAACCUGCCUGAAGCUGUGGAAUGUGCCAAAAGGGUCGUGACCUGGGCUGAGGUCAUCCUCAAUGAACCCCCAUGCUUCAACUUAGAUUCAGAGGAUAAGAAAGAACUGAUUUUCAUCACUCAAGGAGCCGUCAGCAUCUUGAAGUUUCUCCGUGCCAAAACGACGCACUCGUCAGACCUAAAAGACUUGGAAGACCUCCAGAAGGACCUUAAAUGCGUGCUGUCAUUGCAGAUUGACUUCAAUGAGUUCCUUUCACUGAGCGAGUUUCGGGAUGCAAGUGUGAGAAAGGUCUUACUGACUAAACACCUUGCCGCAUUCUACAGGAACAAAAGUGGAUCCUCAUUAGACACAAAAAAAGAGACCAAGCAGGAAGGAGAGAAAAAGAAAGCAACUUCAGAGAGAAACUUCUCAAGAAUAUACAAUCUUGGUCGGUUACUUGGCAUGUCUCAUGAGAAACUGAAGAGCCAACUUGCAAUGAAGGCUGCUGAGAUGGGACAAAUAAAAACAGCAUUGAAAAUGUGCAGUGAGCUGUCUGAGUACAUCCUUACUCCAGAGAUAGCCAAGACCAUCUAUACUAUAGCAGACACUAUCUGCCGCCUCUGGGCAGAGUCACAUCCCAGCAUCAUGAAUAACACUGCAGCUGGUGAUGUGCCAAGUCUGUCUACGGAGCUCUACCGACUGGCCUGCAAAGCCCUCACCUAUUGUGACCAAAAUUUAUUGUGUGACUGCCUGGAGUUGUGCAAGCUUCUUCGUCUGACUGACGCUGUUUAUCAUCAGUGUGAAAGUGGCGACUACGGAAUCUCUGUUCAGUCGUUGAGUGGCACAGAGACCAAGCGGGACCCCUACCAAGAGUGGACAUUCACUGACUUCUUCCAAGAGAACACUUUGGUGCUGACGUCGUCCUACGCACUGCCAACAACUUGCAAGUUUGUGGCGUCAUGUCUGCCAGACACCAAGCCUGACGCUCUCCCCUUGCAGCACGCCAGGAUGGCUGGCAGAGCAGCUUUUGACAUGCAAGACAUGGAAAACCCAGUGAAUAGUGCCGAUUGUCUGGCCCGUCUCAGCUCAGCAGCUCUGGAACUGAUCCAGUAUCUCCAGGAGAACAAUCAGUAUGAGAUGGCAUUCCUGGUGCUGGCUGAGACGCUGGGUACCAGUCUACAGUACACGGCAGCCAACACCAUAGGCAUACCUGACCACAAGGAAUUGCAGGCACUGAUCGCCAAAGAACAGGAAAGAUGCAGCCAGAUGGUCAAGAUUGGGCUACAGAGGAUGCGAGACUUCACUGGAACCCUCAUGGACAAGAUCUUUGGCAGCCGUAGGGUGGAUCACCAUCUGGCGCUUAGCCUGGCCUGUGUUCUACCCAAACAAGGAGCUCUGGAGAAACUCAAGAGCUUGACAGUCAGUGCUGGCCACCACUACCGCAAAGUUCUGGCCGUUGCCAAAGUGGGCUGUGAACUGGGGAGGCUGCACAACGAGCCAGCAGUGGAACAACGAUGCAGAAAGCUAGAGACAGACGCAACCUGGGGCCACCAGCUUGGAAAACUAAAGAUAUCCUUCAAGGAUGUAUUCAAUGCCCAAGAUACCCAAGACAAGAGAAUGUUACUCCCAGAUAUAGUCAAGCACCCAGCUGUGGACAUGGAUAUGAUCAAGAAGUACUGCAGUGCAUUUGGACUUGACAAGGACGAGGCCCUGCUACUGUACAUUGAGAACCUGCUCCUGCCCCAGGCCGGAGCCGGUGAUGCACCCCCAGACACAGAGGCCAGGAUACUGAGCGUCAUCAGGGAGGUGGCCAACAAGGAGCUGCUGGUUGCAAGACUAACUGCGAUCCUUGAUAAGGUUGACUCCUAUGACUAUCUGCGCCUGAACUUCGUCCUCAAGUGCAUCAGGGACGAGAACCCCAAGGACCCUUCCGCUGAUGUGGGAGUGCAACUCAUGGAGUAUUUAGUGCACUAUACUCGCGUCACUGAGCCUUCAGAGUAUGAAAUCACAUUCAAUUGCACAUCGGAUGAAGAGCAGCUUCGAAGCACCAGUGUUCCCCUCUCGCCACUGUCUAAGGAUCGACUUCCAUACCAUCCCCUCAUGAAGGGGGGACAGUGGAAAAUCCUGGCACGGGAAUUAAAUGAGGAAACAGUGCACCAGCUUCUGCCAGUCGCGAGACUGCUAAAGCUUCCCACUGACCAUCUCUUUGUGACAACCAUUAACAACUUGAUGAAACGGGCCGGCGCUGACGACACGUCCCCAGACAGACCCUCCGGGACAGUGGGUGACAGAGGGGGCAGCAGAAUGGACAGGAAGAGCCUGGAGGUGGUGCAGAAACUCCUGCUGAGUAUCUCCAGCCCUGAGAUGGCUGUGGCUACGGCCAGGGUGGUCGUCAAGGAGCUACCCAUGGGCCCUCUGAAGGUGAUGGCUCUUGAAAUCUGUGUUCUCCUUGCUCGUCUCUGGAAAGAGAAAUGCCCAGACAAUAGCCCCGAGAAGCAGAAGGCAGAGUUGACCCACCAGAAGCUGUCGCACUUCUGUCGUUGCCUGGCCACCGAGCAGGUGCUGCACAGGCACCAGCUAGCCGAGCCCGAGCUCCUCCAACUGGUAGACCAGCCGGCCAAGCUGACCUGCAAGCUGUAUGAGCACCAGAGCAUCGAGAGGAGGAUCCUGGACCUGGACCAGGGAGGCCAGCCAGACAUCCACGCUGCUGCGAACGCUAUUGCCGAGGUCAACAACUGCAACAUUCAGAAGAUCCGACUCCAUCUGAUUGAGCAGUGGUUGCCCAACACAUCCAGCAAUAAGCAGGCAGAGGAGGAUACGACGGUGGAUCUCUCCAGCCUGUCAUUCAUGACACCCAAAGAAGAGAAGGUGGCGGAAGAAGAAAGAAGCCUCGCAAGAGUGAAAUAUCUCCUUCAGUAUGGUGGGGAGGUCCGGGGAAGUGCCCUGUUUCUUCUCAACUUUGCUUACAAGCAAGCCUCCACCAAGAUCAGCAACGCCUGCCGUGUGCGUGCCCUGCGCUGUCUCUUCAGUCUUCUCAAUACCAGUAUGAUUGAAGUUGUGGCAGACAGGCCAGUGGACGAAAUCAGGGAAUUCAUGCAGAACCUGAUGUACCUGGUGGAGUUUGAGGCUCUAAAUACCUCCAUGGAUCUCGGCGUCUUUACAACCUCCAACAAGCAGGGCCUUGUGAGAGGACUGUGGAAACAUUACAACCAUGAACCGAGGGCUGUACGUCUGAUAGCUGACUUGUGUUUGGACUACAGUGUGCACGAUGGGAAGCUGUGGAAUAGUGUCCUUCAGCAACUGCUCAAAUUUGGCAUGGUAUGCUCCACAUUUCAGUAUAAUCAAAUGGUAGCGAUGCUUUUCCAAAGUGUAGAAUAUCAUGCAAAAUGGAUAAUUUCAAUAUAUCCCCUUGAAUUUCCCCCAGUGUGCCCGCCUUUGACCGAGGAGCAGGAGGAAGCGUGCAGACAGACAGCAGUGUUACUGCAAAGAUGUCCCAUCGUUCACGACUUGGACAUGAUGGAGCCAUGCAGGCAGUUUGUUAAGGUGGAGAUGUACGCAUUCGCCAUGGGUUGUCUGAUGUACAUUAACGAUAAGCCAAAGAGAGAUAAACAGAUUGAGGCCCUGUUGGGUGGGAAGCGAUACAUCGCCAUCCUGGAUGAGAUAACGGCCAUGCAGAAGGAGAAGAAGCUCCUGACCACAGCUGAACAGAUUAAGAACUGCAUAUUCCACUAUAUCGAGCAGACAGCGAGCUAUGAGGCCCUGCUGACAACUCCCCACUUCCCCGAGUUGGUCAACUACCUGGUCAACGAAGACCAGAUCCAAGGCUUGCUUCGAAAAUGCCUGCUGGCUAAAAGGUAUGAUGACGCAGUCAGCUUGAUCAGAGUCUAUUACAGCAAUAAUCCUGGCUCACCAAGUGCUCUGGUCUCGGACUCCGGCACUCCAAAUGACGUGCUGCAACUCAAGGCAUACAUGGAUCACCACGGAUUGAGUGACCUGACCUCGACGCUGCCUCUUCCUCAAUGCAAUGGUGAUGCUGCUAGGCUGAGUAGCACACCAAGUGUUUAAGCGAGUACCUAGGGCUGAUUACCAACUGCAAGAUGUCCCAUCCAAUCCUUGGCUUCAUCGUAAAGCUUCAGUGUCACAAAGUCAGUACCCAAUUUAAGACCCUCCAACUCAGCGCUGUUCCAUUUUCUACAGUAGUGGUGAUUCACAAUACAGUGCACCACCAAGAGGCUGCCACAGAGACCAUUUUUCCAGUUUACAGUCGACAAAACUAUGGCCGCCUUGCAGUUGAUUUGCAGUUGAGAGUAUGCUAGUUGACAACUUGGGGAAACUUUUGAUAGAUUGGAGCAUCUCAUGCAAAAGAUUCAUUGCAACUGCUACUUAAAAUACACUGACGAAUAUUCUUCCCUGACAAACGUCAGGAAUGAUUCGAAUUCCCCACACAUAGCCAGCAAACAGAAUUUGUCAACCACUUUCCCACAAUGCAUUGAGAAGAAUGGCUUUUCUGUUGCAACCUCUUGGUAGGAACAUCAAAAAUGCACCAGUGUUUUUAACGCCAGUGUUGAAACGGAGGGUUGAAAUGCACAACAUCUGUAGAACAAACUGGUGCCAUGCUUAUGGACAGUUUACAAUUUAUAAAACGGAUUCUGGGAAUAACACCAACAAUGGCUUAGACAUGAGUAAGAUCUUUAGUUUAACACCCUAAGUACUUAAAUAUGUGCCCUAUCAACCAGGAUACUAGUUUAGAAUUUGAGGUCAGUUACAUUCAUUUUGUAUGACUCUUACAUGUGAUGUUCUAUCACAUUAUUGAAAGCCAUUGGAAGAUUACAAAAUUUGUUUUGUUUGUUUAUUGAUCCAGAACCGUCAAAAUAAUGCAUCAGAAAAUCUGACUAUUUAAUCUUUUGUGUAAAAAAGAGGAACCCCAAUAGUAAUCUUUUUAAUAUUAACAAGUAGCUUCUGUAGCAUUUUGCUUAAUGCCAUUGCUGUUUUGGGUUUUGUUUCUGAAUAUCCCUUUGGAGCAAGUUAGUUCCAUGACUUUCUAACUACAUGUAAUGUCAUCAAAACAAGGGACUGAUCAAAAGUACCCACGAUAAUAGGCCAGUACAGACAGGGAUUUCAUCCUGCAACUACCAUUACUCGGGAGGUCACAGCUUAAGUCAGUUUUGUCUUUCAAACAAGAAUUUAUCUUCACGGUUAAAAUACGGGCAAUUCACAAUAGUGCGCCUCCAAGAGUCUGCAAUGCGUCGGCCAAUCACAACGCGCAAAAUCU